AUGAUAAUUUUAAUUACAAAUAAGGUACGCAAUAUAUUUAAUUAAAGGAAUUUAUGAAUAAUCAACAAUAAUUACCAAAAACUCUUUAAGAAUUAGAUAUUGAUACUAAAGAAUUGAGUAAAAGAAUUAAAGCUUUAUAAAAUUGGAAAGCUGUCCUUUCUAUAUUUUAAUCAGAGAUAUUUACACCAGAGAUAUUAAUACAUUAUUUUAUGGCUACUUUCAAUGAAGCAGGACCUCAUUAAUAUUUAACAAAUAGAUUGUAUCAUAUGCCUAAAAAAUUCAUUGAAUAUUACAUUCCAUAAUUUGUGUAAAAAGAUAUGUAUAAAUUAGAUAUAUGGUUGUCAAAAAUGGGUCUUAAAGUAUGGAAACAUUUUUAGAAUCUUUAAGUUCCUUAAGCAUUUCAAAUUAUUUUAAGAUACUUUGGUGUUUAAUUGCCUAUUCUUAAGACGAAAAAAAGAAUAGUAAAACAUAUUCUAAAUUGGAAGCCUUUUAAAGAGUAAAUUUGUAUUCAAUUCUUUAAGCGAUUGGAAAAACAGAUGAUAAAUGGUGCUCUAACUGUCAAUAAUGAGUAAAUUGAAUAAAAUAAAGAUAAUUAAUUGUUUUAGGAGAGUAUAUUGUUUUUAUUAAUUUUAGAAUUAAUGAAACAAUGCAUUGAAAAAGAAUUUAGAUCUUAUUACAUGAUAUUUCAUGAUAGAUUUAUCAUUCAAAUGAUUUAAUUAUCCUUGAUUCUAAAAUCAAUUGAAACUUAAAACAGAAAAAAUUUUCUGCUUAGUUAAAUUUAAAAGGGUAAUAGUGCAAUAAAUAGAAUGAUAAAGAUGAAUAAAGAAUUAGCUUAUUAUAGAGGUAUAAUUAUACCAUUUGAAAGAGAUCAUGAAAUGACUGAGGCAUCUAAUUUAGUAUUUUUUACAUUUAAAAUUAAAAGAUGGUACAUAUCUGUGAAGAAGGAGCAGCUUGUUUUAAUACAAAAACUAGAGUUCCUUAUAGAAUUGUAAUAGAAACCAUAAGUAUUAAUGAAUAACAAGAAAAGAUUGAUUCAAUCAUUUUAAGUGAAAAUGAUAUUUUGAAUGAUACUGAGGAUUUUAUAUAAAUGGAUGUACCUAACAAUUUAGAAGAAAAAAUGAAAUAACUAACACAUGAAAAAUAGUAGGAUAUUGCUUUUAAUUAAUUAAUAAAAUAUGAUAGUUAGAGUUCUAGCUUUAAAGAUUUUGAUGAUUUAAACAAUUAAAUUCUAAGUUUAAAUCUUACUAAAAGAAGGAGUAGUUCUUGGUCAGAUACUGAAAAUUCAUAAAUAUCUGAAGAACGUUAAGAAAUAAUAAGUCCUUAAAAAAGUAAAGAUUUAGAAGACGGAUUAUCUUAAGUAAGUUCUGAUUAAUAAUUGCCCACAUUAAGUGUUAGUGUGAUAGAAUAAGAUUUAUAAAUUUCUGAUUUACUAUAAUCACCAAAAUAAUAGACUUAAUCAGUAAGUUAUAUUCAGAAUAAAACAAAUUCUAAGUUGAAUCCAUGGGGAGAAGACUGGUAAGAUAAAUUUUAAAGAAUAAAAUAAUAAUCAAUAUUUAAGAAUUUUGAUUCAUUAAGGAUUAGAGUUAUAAUGGUUAAGGGAGGUGAUGAUUUAAGACAGGAAUUAUUGAUUAUGCAGGUUAUUUAAAAAAUGAAUGAAAUAUUUAGAUCUGCUCAAUUGAAUCUAUAUUUAAAACCUUAUGAAAUAAUUGUUGUGUCUGAAAACUCUGGAAUUUUAGGUAAAUAGUAUUGAUUUAUUUGAUAGAAUUUGUUUAGAAUACAAUAUCAAUGGAUGGACUAAAGAAAUAUUUGGUUAAAUAAAAAUUAACUAUGCUUUAAUUUUAUAAAUAAUAUUUUGAUUCUGAAUUUUAUUAAGCUUAAAAGAAUUUUGUAGAAAGUUUAGCAGGAUAUUCUUUACUUUGUUAUAUUUUAUAAAUUAAGGAUAGACAUAACGGAAAUAUUUUAGUAGAUAAUUAAGGACAUAUAAUUCAUAUUGAUUUUGGAUUUGCACUUUCAAUUUCACCUGGAAAUGCUGGAUUUGAAAGUGCACCAUUUAAAAUGACAAAAGAUUAUUUAGAAAUUAUGGAUAAUAAAAAUUCAAGCAUGUUUGAAUAUUUUAGAAGAUUAAUGUUUAGUGGAUUUAUGGAAAUUAGAAAAUAUUGCGCAUCAAUAUUUUAAAUUAUUGAAAUUAUGAUGGAAAAGAGUAAUUUUAAUUGUUUUCGAUUUUUUGAAUUUACAGAAUUUAAAUCACGUUUUUUGUUGAAUAAAACAGAGUUAGAAGUAUAUAACAAUUAAAUAAAUUUACUAGUGUCGAUAAAAAAUUGACAAAUUGAUUUAAAUGAGCAUUGAAGAUUCUCAUACUAAACUUUAUGAUUAAUUCCAAUAUCUAACUAAUGGGAUAUAUCAUUGA